UUUUCGUUGCCACCACAAUUUGGCGCGCCUUUCUCAAACAAUAAUUCACUCAUGUUAAUGUGGAAGAAGAAGGCGUCGGAGAAAGAUUCGACAGGAGUGCUUUUUCAAGAGAGUCAAGAAAUCCGUGUGAUAUACAAUUUGUUCGCUGCCAUCUUUGUGUUGUUCUUCCUUAGAGCUUUGAUCGAUGAUAUCUUUACACAUGGAAUGCCAUUUCAUCAUUUCUGGCUGGUCGCAUGGAAUUUCGAACAAUUUCCAGCGACAAUGUUCGUAUGGUUAUCAAUGUUUCUCUCAACUUUUGUACCUUAUACGGCAUUUAGAAUAUGGGCGUACAUUCCAACAAAAACGAACAAUUUCAGAAUGGUUCCUAUUCUACUCUUCUACGCACUUUACUUAGUGGCGUUUUUCUACUUUCCACUAAGAUUUCUGUUUUCUCGCCAAUUGAACUGUGCUUGUUCAUUCAUCAUCACAUGCGAAACAACUCGCAUUGCGAUGAAACUUCACUCAUUCCUACGCGAGAACCUGCCACGAGCCAUCGCGAAAAGGAACAUGACACUGCAAUGGCCAACUAUCGAGCAAUACGUAUAUUUCAUGUUCUGCCCAUCUUUCAUUUAUAGAGAUGAAUAUCCCAGAUCUCAUUCGAGAUGUCUCAAAAAGGCAUCGGUACAUUUCUUUCACUGCUUUAUUCUCAUCGAAUUUGUCAACCUCCAGUUCACUCAAUAUGUCUUUCCCUGGUUAGCUUCACUAGAUUACCCAUAUUUAUCUCUAACUGAAAUAGUCACCGCACUAUUCGCUGGUAUUCUACCAGGAAUGUUGUGCCUUAUCUGUCUAUUUUAUGGGCUAUUGCACUCAUGGUUGAAUGGGUUUGCAGAAUUGAUGCGAUUCGGUGAUCGACAGUUUUACUUGAACUGGUGGAAUGUUAAUAAUAUGGCUGAGUACUACCGCAAUUGGAAUCUUGUCGUACACGACUGGUUAUAUGCUUACGUUUACCGAGAUUUGAUCGGCGGGCGUUGUGGUCUUCAAAUCGCCCAAACUAUCGUGUUCUUUCUCUCAGCGGCUUUUCAUGAAUAUUGGUUUGGUGUCGCGUUCCGAGUAUUCUAUCCGGUGAUGUUCAUGCUUUACUUCGUUUUUGGAAGCAUCUUCUUUUCCGUUUCCAAGCUCAUCAAGAAUAAGUCCAUAUGGAAUACUGCUUUAUGGUUUAAUUUAUUAAUAGGUACUGGAAUGUUCAUUGCAUUCUAUGGGCAAGAAUGGUACGCUCGCCAGCGCUGCGCUCCACACAGUAAUCAGAUUGCUGACUUCUUACUACCCAGACAUUGGACGUGUCAACGGAUGUAG